AAGACGUCCCCAGCCAGAUAAUUCCGACACCCCCUCCUAAUUAUCCGACAAAUGAUCAACUACUUUAACUAUUACCUCCCCCAGUCCCCGAAACCCCCGGUGAAAAAUCAAUAAUAAAAAAAGAAAAAAUAACCGGCGAUUCCCACUCGAAAAAAAAUUUUCUGGCGCACGAGAUCGAACGAUUUUCAUUAAUUAAUUAUUAUUAAUCUUUGGAAAAUUAAAUGUUGACGAACUCUAGAGUCGGAGGGUCCUUGACGAUAAUCAGUGAUGGUGCCAUGGCGACAGAAUGGGCGUGUUGAUGGUGUUCGGUAAUGGGGUCUCCUAUUGGCGGACGCGGCCGCGAUAUCGGGAUGACAGGGUGUGGCCGGGGGUUGGAACAGGACCAGAGGCGCAGGGAUGCUGCGCUUCAUCCCCGGGCUCGAUCGAAAUCUUAUCAGAUAGAAGUCAGUCCUCGACAGGUCCUUCUCCCAUUUUUCAAUGUAUUUUAUUCCCGUUAAAUUAUUUUAAUCCUCCGAUAAGACGAAAUCCUUAAUAUUUCGUUCAAAUAAAUUGAGUGAUUCAUCCAAUUAAUUAUUUGGUUAAUAAAACGUCAUCGCUCGAGGAAUUUUCUGACCAAUGAUGGAGAGAGGAGCAUUGUACCCCAUCUCGACGUGCUGCAAUCUGAGUGUUCAACCCCGGAGGAGUAUUGGUUCAGGGGGAGGAUCUCUGACCCGGGAGGAGCGCCGUCGACGACGAAGGGCGACGCAGAAGUACAGAACCGCUCAUGCGACUCGGGAGAGGGUGCGAGUUGAGGCGUUCAAUCUAGCGUUCGCAGAACUCCGGAAGCUCCUGCCAACGCUUCCACCCGACAAAAAACUUUCCAAAAUAGAAAUUCUGCGUCUGGCCAUUUGCUACAUUGCCUACUUAAACCACGUGCUGGAGGCAUGA